UCCCGUUUUAUUCCUGUACGCUCCGGCUUUAUAGUGGGCCGACGGCCAGCUCGUUGGUGCGUAGGCCUUUUCUUUCUCGUAUUCUCGUCUGGGGUGCUAGGAUAUCCGAGAUCUCACUCCAGAAUUCUGCCUUCUAUCAGAAAGAUGUCAUUCUGUUUCUCCGUCACAACGAGAUUAACUAAAUUCCCAUCGCGAAAUAUUAUCCCGGCUCCACUAUGUCUUAUAAAUGCAAGCACAGAAACGAUCUCUGUUUCCUAGGGAAUUUACGGUUUUACCUGAUGCACUGCUAUUCCCAUGACUGGUUUCUUGGGAAAGAUAUCGCAUUGGCAUUGAACGUGCCCGCAAAUGCAAACUGGCCCUGACAGCCGAAUGUCGGCCAUGCCGAAUGUCGACCAGCCAGUGGACCACAUUGCCGAAUGUCGACGGAAUUCCUGAGAACACUAAAAUCCGCGCUCAGCGGCCAGAGAAACUGAACUGCAUUAACGAGAAAACCGCUCAACAGCUGUUGGAGGCCGUGGUGGACUUCGAAAAGGACAAGGAUGCUCGAGUGGCGGUGAUAUAUGGCAAAGAUGGAUGCUUCUGCUCGGGCUGGGACCUCGACAGUCUGUUUGGCGAAGACGAGAAAGGGGCUAUGAACAUGUCAAAACUACCCGGUCUCCUUGGACCACCGCGCAGGAAUUUGAUUUCCAAACCGAUGAUUGCGGCUGUUAAUGGGCUCGCUGUGGCUGGCGGUUUAGAAUUGGCGCUCCUAUGUGAUAUGCGCGUGGCUGAAGAGGACGCCGUUUUUGGUGUCUACAGCAAGAAAUACGGUGUCCCUCUGGUUGGUGGCGGAACCGUUCGUCUGCCAGCUUUGAUCGGGGUGUCUCGCGCUGUGGAUUUGAUUCUGACUGGGAGAGGAGUUUCCGGUCAAGAAGCUCUUCAGAUGGGUUUAGCUAAUCGCAUCGUCGACAGAGGCACCGCUGUAGGUGAGGCGGUUAAAAUGGCAACUUUGAUUGCGAAGUAUCCACAAGAAUAUAUGCUAGCUGAUCGGAAGUCAGUCUACUAUGCCACAUACAAUGCUAAAACGCACGAUGAUGCCCUUCUGUUUGAACAUGACAACGGCAAAGAAAUAAUUGCGAAGGGUUCGGAAGGGUCCCCAGGAUUCCCUAGCGGUGCAGGAAGCGAAGACAACGGUUCCGAUGCCAAAAAGAAAGGGAAAAAACCGGGAACCUUUCAUCGUCUUUGAAAAGACAAUUACUCUUGGAAAUAUUGUGCUAUGGGUCUGGAUCUGUUUUGUCACUUGGGUGUUCAGUGUAUACCGAACCUGGUAGGUAGACGCUUGAUAUUCAACUUCGGACUAUCGUUACACUUUGUUACA